AUUGUUUCAGGCUUCACACCUCCCGCGACCAUUGCGGGUGAAUACGAAAGUUGAAGGCACAGAUUUUGGAUUCGAGGAAGCUCUUAAUCAUGUAUUACGAGAGCGGUACCGAUGAAUGCAAAGUGGAGCAGGACUCGCCAGACUGCUCGGAAUUAAAUGGGCAUUGCAGUUUGACUGGAGCGGCGCCUGUCACUUCAGCGGCCCCUUGUACGUUACGUAGCCAGGAAAAAGAUAAAAUGUGCGAAGAUCGAGGACAUGAAUCCUCUUUCAAAGUUGAAGAGGAUAAAGCUCAUUUGGAUCUACACAUCCAGGAAGUGAAUAUCAUGACAAGCACUGGCUCCAUAAAAAAUGAAAUUGGUGUACCAGAGCAGAUUUCUGGUAAUAUAAAGCAAGAAGAUACUCAAGUAGCCAUUACUGGACUUUCAGGUGAAGAUACGGAGCAAAGAGCCAGUGGCAUUAAACAAGAGGAGUCAGUAAAUGUUAAAGAGGAGGAUUGUGAGGUGGAGCUAUUCUCUGCUGCUGAAAUCAAAAAGCUUUCUAUAGAUCCCUUGGGGUUUAUGCUGAAUGCAAAGUCCUUAGAGGAGUCUAACUGUGAGCCCGGAGUUAACGGAACAGAUGAGAACUUCAAGAACAUUGAAAAGCCACAAAAUAUUCGUACGGUAGGGAAACUUCAAGUCAGUGCUGAGAACUUGGGGAGCUUGACUACUUUACAAAGUCUUAAAAACCAGCAGAUAAUUGACAAAGAAAGUAAACAAUUCCAGUGCUCAGAUUGUGGAAAGUCUUUUGGCCACAAGGAAAGUUUUAAACAGCACCAGAGAAUUCACACCGGAGAAAAGCCAUUUGAAUGUGCAGAAUGUGGAAAGAGUUUUGUCCAUGCUACGCAGCUGAAACGCCACCAGAUGACCCACACAGGCGAGAGGCCUUAUCCAUGUGUGGAGUGCGGAAAAUCUUUCAGAUGUAUCACAGGCCUCAAGCGACACCAGGUAAUCCACAGUGGGGAAAAGCCACACCAGUGUGUCGAGUGUGGGAAAUCAUUUGGCUAUGCUCCAAAUCUUAAACAACAUUUGAAAAUACACUCGAGAGAAAAGCAGUACCAGUGCAGUGAGUGUGGGAAAUCCUUUAAUUGGGCUACUGACUUUAAGCACCACAAGAUAACUCACACCGGUGAAAAACCUUACCGAUGUGCUGAAUGCGGACGAACGUUUACCCGGUACACAUACUUCAAACAACACCAGAGAAUCCACACCGGAGAGAAGCCUUACCAGUGUCUUGAGUGCGGCAAGUCAUUCAGUCAGGUUUCAAUCCUUAGACAGCAUCAGAACAUUCAUACAGGAGAGAAACCAUACAAAUGUAUGGAAUGUGGGAAAGCGUUUAGCCGGCUUGCAUUAUUUAAAGAACACCGGAAUUAUCACACAGGAGAAAAACCGCACCAGUGUACUGAAUGUGGAAAGACCUUCCGUUGGGCAUUAGACUUUAAACAUCACCUAAGAGUCCACACAGGAGAAAAGCCGUACCAGUGUACCGAAUGUGGGAAGCUGUUCCGCUGGGCAGGGAGUCUUAAACAACACCAGAACGUUCACACCGGAGAAAAGCCGCACCAGUGUGGUGAGUGUGGAAAGUCUUUCUUACGGGCUGUAAGCCUCAAACAACACCUGAGCAUUCACACGGGCAAAAAGCCCCACCAGUGCACUGAAUGUGGACAGACAUUUACACGGGCUCCAAACCUCAGAUCCCACCAGAGAAUUCACACAGGAGAAAAACCAUACCAGUGUACCGAAUGCGUGAAGAGCUUCCGAUGUGCUACGCGCCUCAAGUACCAUGUGAGAAUCCACACGGGAGAAAAGCCUUACCAGUGUGAUGCCUGUGACCAGGCAUUCAACCAGGGCACAAACCUUAAACGCCACCAGAGGAUUCAUAAAGGAGAAAAACCAUACCGAUGUACUGAAUGUGGAAAGGCUUUCCUCAGAGUCAGAGACCUUAAGUGUCACCAGAGAAUACACACCGGCGAGAAGCCGUACCAUUGUAACGAAUGUGGGAAGAGCUUCUGCCAGGUCACACACCUCAAGCAACAUCUGAGGAUUCACACCGGUGAAAAGCCUUAUCACUGUGACGAAUGCGGGAAGAAUUUCAGACAGGCUGCCAGCCUCAGGCAGCAUCAGAGGAUACACACUGAGCAAAACACAUACCAGUGUGGAGAGUGUGGGAAAAUGUUUAGCUGGAUUGUAAACCUUAAAAUCCACCAGCAGAUCCACACGGGAGAGAAAAUGUAUCAAUGCACCGAAUGCGGGAAGAUGUUUAGCCGGUUUGUGCACCUUCAACGCCACCAGAGAAUUCACACUGGGGAAAAACCGUACCAGUGCAACGAAUGUGGAAAGACGUUCAGCCAAGCCACACACCUAAAGCAACACCAGAGUAUCCACACAGGAGAAAAGCCUUAUCAGUGCACAGAGUGUGGAAAGAUGUUCAGCCAAGCUACCCACCUCAAACAGCAUCAGAGUAUUCAUACCGGAGAAAAACCCUUCCAGUGCAGUGAGUGCGGAAAAGCGUUUAGCCGAGUCUCACACUUAAAGGAACACCAGAUACUUCACACGGGCGAAAAAACGCACCACUGUGCUGAAUGCGGAAAGACUUUCAGUCGAGCACCGAGCCUGAAACAGCACCAGAAGAUUCACACUGGAGACAAACCGUACCAGUGUAGCGUGUGUGGGAAAUGUUUCAUACGGGCAAGAAGCCUUAAACUCCAUCAGAGCAUUCACACGGGAGAAAAACCAUAUCAGUGUAUCGAAUGUGGAAAAGCAUUUGGUCGCAUUGCCCACUUGAAGGAACACCAGAUACUUCACACCGGGGGGAAAACAUACCAGUGCAACGAAUGUGGAAAGACUUUCAUCUGGGCUCCUAACCUGAAACGCCACCAGAGAAUCCACACUGGUGAAAAGAGGCGGAAACGAGAGUGUGAAGAUGUUGUGAAACAACUGAAGAGGCAGGCAAGGGAUAAUCCCGAGGUGGAACAAGAGAGCUGAAAUCCUUUCUGUUGUUCUGGUUAAGUAAGAAGUUUGUAGACUUUUUUUUUUUUCCUUUUCAGAUUUCCAUAUUACUUUGUAAUGCAUGAAGGGCACAAGGAAGGUUCUAUGAUGUGAGCACAAGCAGCAUAUAACACUGAUUACCUGAAAAUAUGAAGAGUGAAGCUGACCCUGACCCUAACCCUAACCCAAAUGUAGAGUCUGAAUGGAGAUAGUUGGCUACGGUUUAGCACGGACCCUGAAACUGAACACAUGGACUCAGACACUGGAGGGAUAGAGACAGUAAUCUUAAGCGAAGAUCCACAACACUGCAAAAAUUCAACUUUUAAAUGAAAAUGAAUGUUCUUAUCAAAGACAUAAUUGCAUACCACUAGAGCAGUAGGCCGCUCCAGGACCAGACUCUGCCACUGCCAUGGACUUAACAUCCAGGGGAGAUGUUUGACGGCUUUUAAUGCCAAUUCAAAUUCAGUUCAGUUCUUGUGUUACAAGUGUGGCUUUGGCCGAGUGUUCAUUGUUUUAAAAUUUUAAGUUCCGGCACCAUGUCUAGGGGCCAUCUCCUUCUUCUGCUCAGUGCUGCUGGAAAAGGCUCUGACCUCUGUAACCCUGCAAUGGAUCGAGUUAAUUGGAGAAUGACUGACUGACUGGCUGACUUUUAAUUGAAUUACUUAAAUUUAGUUUUGCCAAAAUGUUAUCUCAUUCCUACAGAUAUGUUAUAGGGAAAAAUGUCUAUAUUACAUAACCACUAUAUACAUA